AUGGGCAGCUACGCUGAGGAGCCAGAAUUCAAGACCAUAACUAUCCAUAAACUCCACCCUACAUUCGCGGCUGAAGUUGAGGGCGUCGAUUUCCAGAACUUGUCCGAUGAACAGUUCGCCGAGAUCCUCGCCGCAAUGGCGAAGUAUGGUGUUUGUAUGUUCCGCAACACUGGCCUGGACGAUGCCAGCCAUAUUGAGUUCUCUAGACGGAUCGGGGAUCUUGACACCAUGAAACGUUAUAUGAUCGACGGUCGCAGGCCAAGAUAUGGCUACUAUGAAUUGUUCGAUGCUGGGAAUAUCGAUGAUCAAGGUGGUGUUCUGGAUCCCAAUAGUCCGAGAGCACAUUAUGGCAAGGGCAAUGCUCUCUUUCAUGUCGACUCCUCAUUCAACCCUAGGCGCGCAAGCUUCUCUCUACUUCGUGCGGUGGAAAUUCCCCCGCCAGGAAAUGGCGGGAACACUGACUUUGCCGACUCCCGCACCGCUUGGGACGAGCUGGACCCGGAACUCCAGAAGGAACUUUUGGAGAAAGACUAUGUCGUUCAUCAUUCGAUCGCGCAGUCUCGCAAGUUAGGGUCCCCAGAAUUCUUUAAAGAUCUCGACCCGACCAAUGGAGGUGUCAUGGCCCGACAUCGGCUCAUCCAGAUCCACGAGCCUAGCGGUCGCAGGAAUAUCUACAUCGCGGCACACUCCCACCACAUAGAAGGCAUCCCGAAGGAGGAAUCCGAUGCAUUGAUCAAGAAACUCAUCGAUCAUGUCACUCAGAAGAAGUACACCACUAGCAUUGAGUGGAAGAAUCCGUCGGAUAUGAUCAUCUGGGACAACCGGUGUACGCUCCAUAGAGCCAAUGGUGGAGCGUUCGAGGGCAAGUACAAGCGAGAUCUAAGAAGAACGACAGUGCACGACGACAGCAGCACAGCUUGGGGGUUGAAUGAGGUCGCAGAUACGGAGAAUUGGGUUGUGAACCAUGAUGCCACCAGGUCAGCUGGACAGACAAAGUAA